AUGCCCGCUGGUGCCAUCCGGGCGUCGCCGUCGCUGACCCCCGUGCACCAGGCUGGCAUCUGUGCCUUCUACGGCGAGUGCGGCCGCAACCCCGAGGUGAACUCGUCCCUGGUGCCCUCCGAGGUGCCCUGCCUGUCCAACACGCCGGCGCGGGAGGCGCAGGGUGCCCUGCUGGCCCUGCUGCGGGCGGUGUGCCCCGAGCUGGCAGCGGGCGACAAUGGCACCGCGCGGGUUUGCUGCAGCUACGCCCAGCUGGUCGCGCUGCGCCGCAGCGUGGAGCUGUCGGGCGCCGUCCUGGCACGGUGCCCGUCCUGCGCCCGCAACUUCGCCAACCUCUACUGCCACAACAUCUGCAGCCCCGACCAGAGCCUGUUCACCAACGUCACCCGCGUGGCCGACCGCGUGGCACAGCCUGGCACCCUGGCAGUGCUGGAGUACCAGCUCUUCUACCGCAGCCGCUACGCCGAGGCCGCCUUCGCCUCGUGCCGCGACGUGCGGAUGCCCGCCACGGGCGGUUAUGCCAUCGCCACCAUGUGCGGGCGCUACGGUGCCCAGCUGUGCACGGCCCAGCGCUGGCUGGACUUCCAGGGCGACAAGAACAACGGGCUGGCACCGCUGCAGAUCGACUUCCAGCUGCUGCCCAACGGCUCCGAGCCCGGCCAGGGCAUCGCCCCGCUGGACGCGCCCGUCUGGGGCUGCGACCAAGCGCCCGACGCCGAGCAGGAGCCCUGCUCGUGCCAGGACUGCCCCCGGGCGUGCCCGCCCGCGGUGCCCCCCGCCGACCCUCCGCCGCCGUUCCGCAUCGGCCGCGCCGACGGCGUGCUGGUCAUCUGCGCGCUGCUCUUCGCCAGCCUGGCCCUGGCCUUCCUGCUGGCCGUGCUGUGCCGCCGGGGCCAGGCCGAGGUGGCACCGAAGCCGCGUGCCCGCGGGUGCUCGCGGCGGCUCGGCGAGGCCUGGCAGCGCGGCCUGGAGCGGGCGUUCCGCCGCUGGGGCGCCCUGGUGGCCACCUGGCCGCUGGCCGUGCUGGCCGUGGCCGUGGCCGUGGCCGCGGGGCUCUCGGCCGGGCUGGCGACCUUGCAGCUGACCACGGACCCCGUGCAGCUCUGGUCGGCGCCGGGCAGCCGUGCCAGGCAGGAGAAGGAGUUCCACGACCGCCACUUCGGGCCCUUCCUGCGCACCAACCAGGUGAUCGUGACGGCGCCCGGGCGCCCGGGCACCACGGCCUACGACUCGGUGGUGCUGGGCACCAAGAACUUCAGCGGGGUGCUGGCCCAGGACGUGCUGCUGGCGCUGCUGGAGCUGCAGGAGGAGCUGGCGGGCACCGCGGCGUGGGCGCGGGGCAGGAACGUCACCCUGCGGGACGUGUGCUAUGCCCCCCUGAACCCCGCGGCGCCCGGCGUGGGCGACUGCGCCGUGUCCAGCGUCACGCAGUACUUCCAGAACAACCGCAGCCGCCUGGCGCUCCGCGGCUGGCAGCAGGAUGGCAAAGUGCAGGGCGCCGUCGACUGGCACGACCACCUCAUCUACUGCGUCAACUCCCCGCUCUCCUUCAAGGACAUCACGGCGCUGGAGCUGAGCUGCAUGGCCGAGUACGGCGGGCCGGUGUUCCCGUACAUCGCGCUGGGCGGAUACCGCGAGUCCGAGUACACGGAGGCCGAGGCGCUCAUUGUCACCUACUCGCUGAACAAUUUCCCCGCGGGGGACCCGCGCCUGGAGUGGGCGCUGAGCUGGGAGCGGCAGUUCCUGAGCGUGGUGCGCGACUUCCAGCGGCGCCACCGCCACAACCUCUCGGUCACCUUCAUGGCCGAGCGCUCUCUGGAGGACGAGAUCAACCGCACGAGCGGGGAGGACAUCCCGGUGUUCGCCGUCAGUUACCUGCUGGUGUUCGCCUACAUCGCGCUGGCCCUGGGCGAGUACACGGCCUGGAGGAGGCUCCUGGUGGAGUCCAAGGUGACGCUGGCGCUCGGGGGCAUCGUGGUGGUGCUGGGCGCCGUGCUGGCCGCCAUGGGGCUGCUGGCACUGCUGGGGCUGCCCUCGUCCCUCAUCAUCAUCGAGGUCGUGCCCUUCCUCGUGCUGGCCGUGGGCGCCGACAACAUCUUCAUCUUCGUGCAGGAGCUGCAGCAGUCGCAUCGGGAGCCGGGCGAGACGCGGGAGCAGCACCUGGGGCGGGUGCUGGCACAGGUGGCACCGAGCAUGCUGCUCUGCAGCCUCUCCGAGACCAUCUGCUUCCUGUUCGGUGCCCUCUCGUCCAUGCCCGCCGUGCGCACGUUCGCCCUGACGGCCGCGCUCGCCAUCGCGCUGGACUUCGUGCUGCAGAUGUCCGGAUUCGUGGCACUGGUGGCACUCGACAGGCGGCGACAGGAGGCCGGGCGCUUCGAUCUCUGCUGCUGCUGCGGGACGGGCAAGGGGGGCACGGCCGGGGCGGGCCGGGGGCUGCUGCGCCCCUUCCUGGAGCGCUGCUACACCCCCGUGCUGCUGCACCCCCUCGUGAGACCCGCCGUGGUGCUGCUGUUCCUGUUCCUGGCCUGCUCCGGGCUCUUCCUGCUCUUCCACGUGUCCGUGGGGCUGGACCAGGAGCUGGCACUGCCCGAGGACUCGUACCUGCUCGAGUACUACUCGGCCAUGAACCGGUACCUGGCCGUGGGCGUGCCCACCUACUUCGUCACCACGGGCGGGUACAACUUCUCCUCGGAGAACGGCACCAACGCCAUCUGCUCCAGCUCGGGCUGCGAUGCCAACUCGCUGACGCAGAGCAUCCAGCUGGCCACGCGCUACCCCAACGUGUCGUACCUGGCCAUCCCGGCCACCUCGUGGCUGGACGAUUUCCUGGACUGGCUGAACCCCACGGUGCGCUGCUGCCGCGUCCACGUCAGCGGGCAGCACAAGGGCGAGUUCUGCCCCUCCACCAGCUCCGACCCCAGCUGCAUCCUGGGGCAGUGCCUGAAGCGGCUGCGCCGCCCCACGGACGAGGAGUUCCAGCGGUUCCUGCCCUGGUUCCUGCAGGACCGGCCCUCCCUGCAGUGCCCCAAGGGUGGCCUGGGCGCCUACGACACCUCGGUGAGCAUGGACGACAAUGGCACCAUCCUGGCCACCCGGUUCAUGGCGUACCAGCGCCCGCUGCGCACGUCGCAGGAGUACACGGGUGCCCUGCGCGCCGCCCGCGCCCUGGCAGAGUACAUCACCACCACCCUGCGCGCCGUGCCCGGCACCGACCCCGCCUUCCGCGUCUUCCCCUACACGGUGACGUACGUGUACUACGAGCAGUACCUGACGGUGGUGCCCGAGGGGCUGCUGACGCUGGCACUGUGCCUGGUGCCCACCUUCGCCGUGUCCUUCCUGCUGCUGGGCAUGGACGGGCGCUCCAGCCUGGCCACGCUGCUGACCAUCGCCAUGGCACUGCUGGGCACCGUGGGCUGCAUGGCGCUCUGGGCAGUGCCCUACAACGCCGUGGCACUCAUCAACCUGGUGGCGGCCGUGGGCAUCUCGGUGGAGUUCGUGUCCCACAUCACCUGCGCCUUCGCCCGCAGCCGCCAGCCCACGCGGGUGGCACGAGCCAAGGAGGCCACGGUCACCAUGGGCAGCAAGGUGGUGGCAGGGGUGGCCAUGACCAACCUGCCCGGCGUGGUGGUGCUGGCCUUCGCCAAGGCGCGGCUCGUGCAGAUUUUCUUCUUCCGCCUCAACCUGAUCGUCACCCUGCUGGGGCUGGCACACGGGCUCGUGUUCCUGCCCGUGCUGCUCAGCUACGUGGGGCCCCCGCUGCAGGUGCCACCAGGGGAGGACACGCCGGGGGACAACGUGCAGGGGACAGGGCUGGGCCUGGCCAACCCCGGCUUCAAGGACACGGACACGGACAGGGACAAGGACAAGGACAGGGACAAGGGCAAGAGCAAAGACAAGGACAAGGACAAGGACAAGGGGAAGGACAAGGACAAGGACAAGGACAAGGACAGGGACAAGGACAAGGACAAGGACAAGAGCAAGAGCAAGGGCAAGGACAAGGGGAAGGACAAGGACAAGGACAAGGACAAGGGCUCCAGGAAGGGCUGA